UUUAUAACAGUGUGUAAGAGAGAAUGACUGUGCAUGGAUCACUUGAUACCAGUCGCCACUCUAGAUGCUUUGUGUGGUGAUGAUGUUUUUCUAUAAUUGGAUGUGUAACAACACACCCUCUACGUGGGAUAGCCUAGCAUGCCUAAGGAAGACCUUUAUAGUUGAUAUGGGUGUGUGUCUAAGUAACAGUGUAUCUGGCGUAAACAAAAUGCCUGAAUAUGGUCUUGGCAGAAAGGCUAAGUGGCUAUUCAACACUGGACUGACCACUGACAACACUGAGCAGAAACCAGCUGAACUAACAGGCCUGUUAAGGUGGGCUGGAUAUCUAAUAUGGCAGAUAAAACAGUCGGAGUACGAGAAAUGAUAAAUGACAGAGCUCACAAAAAUUUAAAGAUGCCCUACAGCAGGCGGGCUUCUUGUGGCUGACCAUGCGAGGAUCUUCUCAGUGCUGUGGGAAUCUCCUCAUCUUCUCCGGAUAGUUCUGCAGUGCUGGUUUACUGGCUUGCUGACCUCGGCGCAUCUUUGACUUUUCCGAAACAAAGAGCGAAGAAACUUUUGGACUGUGUAGACGGCUCCUUUUUCCUAGUGCUCAAUAAUUGAUGCAGGUUCUCUGUUGGCGCUCUGACAGCAUCUACGGGAAGGGACCGGUGACCUCCACAUGAUCUCUCAACGAGUGCUCUUUGAGUUCUAAACUGUGUCUUUUGAUCUUCAUCAUCCUCAAGUGCCACCAUGCAGGUCUCAAUCGCUUGCACGGACCAUAAUCUGAAGGGUCGGAACGGGGACCAUGGAAAACAGAACACAACCAGUCCCAAUGUGGUGAACGCUGCGCGCGCAAAGUUUCGCACUGUUGCAAUCAUCGCCCGGAGCUUUGGCUCUUUUACCCCACGUCACCACAUCUCCCUCAAAGAGUCCACCGGCAAGCACACUGGCAUGAAGUACCGGAACCUUGGGAAAUCUGGAUUGAGAGUAUCAUGCCUCGGUCUGGGCACUUGGGUGACGUUCGGAGGCCAGAUUUCAGAUGAGGUGGCAGAACAGCUGAUGACUAUAGCUUAUGAGAGCGGGGUAAACCUUUUUGACACAGCAGAGGUGUAUGCUGCAGGAAAAGCUGAAGUCAUACUGGGAAACAUCAUCAGAAAGAAAGGGUGGAGGCGAUCUAGUUUGGUUAUAACCACAAAACUCUACUGGGGUGGAAAAGCUGAAACAGAAAGAGGUCUCUCCAGGAAACACAUUAUUGAAGGUCUCAAGGGUUCCUUGCAGAGGAUGCAGCUGGAAUAUGUAGAUGUAGUCUUUGCCAACCGGCCUGAUAGCAAUACACCAAUGGAGGAGAUUGUUAGAGCCAUGACCUACGUCAUAAACCAAGGCAUGUCCAUGUAUUGGGGUACAUCACGGUGGACCGCAAUGGAAAUAAUGGAAGCGUAUUCUGUGGCAAGGCAGUUUAACUUGAUUCCACCAGUAUGUGAACAGGCUGAGUAUCAUCUCUUCCAGAGAGAAAAGGUGGAGGUCCAGCUGCCUGAGCUUUACCAUAAGAUAGGUGUGGGGGCUAUGACAUGGUCACCGUUAGCCUGUGGGAUCAUCACUGGGAAGUAUGAAAAUGGUAUCCCAGAAUCCUCCAGGGCAGCUUUAAAGUCAUACCAGUGGCUGAAAGACAAGAUUGUCAGUGAAGAUGGACGAAAACAGCAAGCUAAACUGAAAGAACUCGGCCUUAUCGCUGAGAAACUGGGCUGCACGUUGCCUCAACUUGCCGUAGCUUGGUGUCUGAGGAACGAGGGCGUAAGCUCCGUCCUGUUAGGAACCUCCAAUGCAGAACAGUUAACUGAAAACCUGGGAGCCAUACAGGUACUUCCAAAGAUGACAUCCCAUGUAGUGUCAGACAUCGAUCAUAUACUUGGAAACCGGCCGUUCGGCAAGAAAGACUACCGGUCUUAGGGCCUCUGUUCAUGCCGAGGGUGGAGACAGAGAUAUGUGCAGCAGUUCCUAUGCCCUAAGUGGUUCCUGUUUCGAGGCUUUUACAUCAUUGGUCUGGCCUCUCUGAAGCCUUAGAGUGCUACGCUCCAUAACGUGUACCUGCAUUCCCCUCCGUCUUUGCUGGUGCCCUUUUGCACAUCAACACUACAGCAAGAAUCUCUAUGAUUGGUGUCCAGGUGUCAUUUAAUAAUGACGCCUUGCAGGAAAGAUGGCAGAGCUGCUGAGCCCUUUGGUGUGAUCUGUGAACUUUCUCAGUGUCCAUACUUGGCCUGUGAUCUGUCACCCUCUUGUGUUCAAAUGCAGCAACUGCAAGUCUGUUUCCACACUGGGAGCAAGGACUCGGUGGAACAAAUCAACGAUUUAUUUUAAUAAGGGACAUUUUGUGGUGGACACCUCUGACUUGACAUGAAGUGAUUUGAGGGCAUCAUUACUCUUACUGAACAUGCAAAAGUAUUAUAAACAGACCUCAAUUCACAUUCUAGAGUAUUGGAAUUAAACAUGCUAAUUGUAUAUUAUGCCAGCAUUACUUUUUUGUAAACUUGUUCCAGAUUCUCCUCACUUUGAAGUU